CGGCCGUCAACCGCGCAGUGGAGUGUGCAGGGUGUGAAGAAUGAAUCUUCUUUUUUACCUCUCACUCUUUACUGAGUACACUACCUAUUAUCGUCCUUCUUGGUCAGAUAAAACGGAACAUACGAACGGCCAUGCAGAGGCCACAAAGCUAAGCCUUGUGUUUAGUAACGACAGAAACUUAGUACGAUUCUAUCGCUCGAGAACGAUUGUGGCAGGGACAUCGAAUGCAGCCGUACACGACGACCAUGAUGAUGACGAUUGUGGUGCCUUUUGUGCUGUGUGUACUGUUGACCACAACCAACGCUGUACCGGUGGCACAGAAUAUGACCGGGCUUGGUGCGGCUCUUACCAACAUUGCCAACAGUUUCGUGGUGGUUAGUGAGGAUAAGGAACAGGCCGUUAAUAGUCGCACCGAAACGGAAACGCCUGCGGUACUUCACCUGGAGUCUGCCAAUGUGUUACCUUCGCUUAUGCACAUUUCUCUAACCCCGGAAGAGCAUCGCAUUAAGGCGGAAACGGAAGAGUUGGUCUAUACAAAUGAUACCGAUGCACAGGGCGUGGUGAAAAUAACAGUUGUCGGUGAAGAUUUAUCCGAAGAACUAACUACAGAUGUUACUGCUAUGGAGGAGCAAGAGGAUGAUGAUACUACGACAGAAGCAUUCACCACGGAGACAGAAGAUGAUCUAACGACGGUUGAAUCGAGUACUGCCAGUUUACCUACGGUACGAUCAACUACGCCGAUCGCACCAAUUCUAACCGUGCUCGGAAGAGACCAAGUGGAUAAGGAAAAGGAAGAGGAAAUUAAGGAAAACAUUAAGGAAGUUGAAGCGAUGCCCGUGAUAUUGACUGUAGGUGUAUAGCGAACCUUCCUCUCUUUCGUUCUUAUGUUGACAUAAUAAAACUAUUACCUUUUCCAUUUA